GAUGUUGAUGUAAACUCAGAGACAGAGACUGACUCACCAUUGGGUCCCCCUGAGAUAUUGACAAAAAAUUAGGGUUAUGAUAGUCCUUUAAACAAAAGCUAAAUUACCUUAAUGCCCCCCCAACUUUUAAAAAAAUUGACAUUUAAGUCUUAUGCAACUUUUUAAUUUUGUAAUAAAUAAUAAAUAGUGAGAAAUUAAAAUGUAAUAAAAGGAUUAAAUUCAUGAAAGUGUCAAUAUGUUGUACCCUGCAAUGCCAAUGUUUGCGUCAUCUAAACAAAGCUGUUCCUAAAAUAAUUGAUUUAUAUAUUUCAAUUGCAGACUUGGGUUUCAGUGCAUAUAAACUAUAAUGGAGAGACUUUGUGUUGGUGGUGGUUCAGAUAGAAUCAGUGAUCUUCCAAGCAAUGUGAUAGUCCACAUCCUAGCAUGUUUGCCAUUGAAAGACGCUGUGAGGACCAGUACAUUGUCAAAGAAGUGGAAGGAAAUUUGGCAUACAAUGCUACAUAUUAUAGUUGAUGAUGACCAUUUUCAUGGAAGGUCACUACGGAAUCUUGAGGGCAUAAUCAAUUAUAUCCUCACUAGACAUCAAGGAAAAAUUGAGAAAUUUUCUGUGUCUGUUGAAGAAGUGAAAAACUGUUACAACAUGAAGUCGUGGAUAUGCAGGCUAUCAGAGAAGUCAAUUCAGGAACUGUCCCUCAUUAUCUGGGGAGGUGAGUACAAUGAAGUACCAUCUGAAUUGUUUUCUUGUCAGCAGUUGAGGAAGUUAAACCUCCGCCGUUUUGAGGUUAAACUGUUACAUUCAUUCAAAGGAUUUCAUAAUCUUAUUAGCCUUCAGUUGAACAAAGUUAACAUAUCAACGGCAAUUUUUGAAAGGCUUAUUUCUGGAUGCCCACUGCUUGAACAAUUGACUAUAAAAAACUUGAGCUGUUUUGAUCAUCUUCACAUCAUUGUCCCCAAUCUCAAGUAUUUUUGCUUUGAUGGAGAAUUCAAAUCUCUGUGUUUCAAUACUCCACUUCUUGAGGUUUUGUCUAUCGAUUUAUAUCGAAUUGAUUGUGACUUUGAGAAUAACCAGUUUGAUCUAAGAUUCCAAAUCCGCGGUCUGCCACCUGCAAUUAAGGAGCUUUAUGUGCGAUGUCGAUUUCAGAAGUUCUUGGCCGCAGGUGAUACAUUUACUGAAGUUUCAACUUCUUAUAGCCAUCUGAGGACAGUUGUAAUCAACGCAUUUUGUUUUGACAAGGUGGACGAAGUCGCAAGUUUGCUGUCUUUGAUUGGAGGUGCCUUAAACUUGCAAAUGCUUGAUAUAGAAGCAAACGGCUGUAAUAAUAAUAAUGAAGCUGUCUCUGAACCUAUCAUACAGUUUUGGGAAGAGCAAAAUCAUCUUCCUUUAUCCUUGAACCAAUUGCAGAAAGUGACAGUAAGAUCUUUCCAUGGUAAAGAUUUUGAGAUAAGGUUUAUACAAUUUGUGCUGGCAAAUGCACCUAUCCUCAAGGAGAUUACUGUUGAAUGCGUGAAGCAUCCUGACUUCAACCAGGAUGAAGUAAAGUUAUUAUUGGUGCCGUUUUGUGUGGCUUCAACAGAAUUCCAUUUGGCUGGAGGGACUUGUGAUUCCUGCAGUGUUCAUUCCUCGGAUUCCGCUUACAACUUAAACAGUUCAUUCUCUCACUUUUGGUGAUUAUUAAUUCUCUGGCAUCCUUAUUCUGAUUUUCAAAGGGCAGUGGGCAACACUGAAAAAGAAUGGUGGAGUUGUUUGAUCUCAAAUUUUUGCACUUAACCUUUUGGCAGAUUGGCUUUGGUUUUGGACUGAGAAUUGCAUUACAUGAAGGAGAGAGAGCAAGAGAGUUGCAUGACUUGUUGCUGUUUAAAGUUUGCAUGAAUAAAUUAAUGAAUGCAUCUGUUUAUACGUA